AUGGGGAUCAUCCUGGAUUAUAUGAUGGUGAUGAUGAUGCAAAUUCAAUACGUUUCGAUGCACUCUGAAGAUUUCAAAGAGCCAAGAGAGGAAACGGUACAGCCACCGAUUUGGUACGGUCUAUACAGUACGGUCAAUUCGUUUGACAACACUUUCUUCACAGUGUUAUCGAUGAACUUUGAUCAAAAGAUUCUAGAUGUGGUCAAUGAGAGUCUAUCUGCGAGUGUUUGUGUAGAAAACAGUCGACGUGAAGAUGAUAAGGAUUAG